AUGGAUGUUGGCAUUGUUGGAGCUGGCAUCGCCGGCCUCUACACUGCGCUGCUCUUUCAGCGCGAAGGCCAUCGAGUGACAGUGUACGAGGCUGGUUCUCGAAUAGGAGGUCGGAUCUAUACCAAUGGUUGUCCUCGCAAUCCCUCCAGCUACUCUCCAGAGCAUUCGAGAACGGCCGACAUGGUCAUUUAUGAAAGAACAAGCGAUCCGGAGCACACACUAUGCGCUCUACAAGAUUGGUCUCCAUUUCCGGACCCGGUUCUGGGAGAAGUUGCCUCAUCCAUGCUUUGGGGGACAGACCAGUUCGUGGACGCCUUUGAUGUCUGCUGGAGUCAGGAAUAUGCGACGGGCGAUGCCAUGUUGCUUUCGGGACAGUUCAGCCGCUUCUAUGAAGCUGCAAAGCAGCCCGAGGGUAAUAUUUAUUUUGCCGGCGAGCACCUCAGCCAGCAUCACACGUGGAUUGCCGGCGCGGUGGACUCGUCUCUGCAGGCAACGUCGGCUAUGCUUGGUAACAAAGAGAUCAAGGCGCUGGGCGAGGAGUACACUACGAAUCUGGGGAAGAGGAAGGCGAAGGGACACUCGAAUUGCUCAAAGGGUGGUUGCAGCGUUCACGGGAACGUCAUUGAUUCCUGGCCGGACUCGGCUUUUCCCCACUCGCGACAGACGUCGCUCACCGACUCGCCUCGCCAACAAGCGUCCAGACCGCCGCCAGACACGUCAACAAAACCAAACCAGGCCGGAGCGUGGUCGUCGUCGUUCGUCGUCGUUAAGAAGACGACCUCUAAAUCCAAAUCUACUACCAAGUCUACUGCCAAAUCUACAUCUACAACCACAACAUUAUCAUCAAUGACGGGAUCUCCGGGCUUCGAUCUGGCUUCUCCAGAUCGCCCGUUUGAUGAUAUAUUGAAUUUCCGGGAUGUGGGGAGGUCGAUCAACGAUAUCUAUGGAUCUAAAAUUAUCAAGGAAGGCAUCCUCUUCCGCAGUGCAAGGCCAGAUGAUGCAUCCGAGAGGGAUAAGCUCCGUCUCGUGGAUGAACUAGGCAUAUCCACUAUCAUCGACUUGCGCUCCAAUACCGAACAUAUCAUGGCUACCAAUAAACGACGGGCCGCUCUGUCGUUGGAAAGUUCCGACGUGGCCGUGCUGGCGGAUCCCGAUGAACAUCUGCUGGAACUCCCAGGCGUACGUCGAUAUAUGAUCAGCCUCACGGGGCGGGCUUUUGAGAAGGCGCUUCUUUGGCGCUUGGACUGGUAUAAUUUUAUAAAAGUAUUAGGUCUCGUCGCAUCCGGAUACCGGACUGCCGCGGUCAAAAUUAUCGGUUCCCAAGUCAUGAAACCGCGCGGCCUGAUCGGACUCGCGCAGGACACACUCGACUGCGGCGCCGCGGAGAUGCGCGAGACGUUCGACCUUCUCGCCGAGGACGACACGUAUCCCACCGUCAUCCACUGCACGCAGGGCAAGGACCGGACGGGUCUGAUCGUCAUCAUGCUGCUGCUGCUGGCCGGCGUCGUGCCCCUGGAUGCGAUCUCCAGGGAUUACGUCAAGUCCGAGGCGGAGCUCAUCCCGGAGCUCGAGGAGCGGAUGGAAGAGAUCCGCUCCAUCGGGUUGGACGAAAACUACGCCAAGUGCCCGCCCGGGUUCGCGGAAAAGAUCAAGGAAUACCUAGACACGAAGUACGGCGGAGUCGAGGGCUAUCUACUCUCGAUAGGAGUGAGCAAGGAGAAGCAGGAAAAGAUUCGCAAGCGACUAUUGGUUUGA